AUGAUACAGUGCGGAAGAAAAACAGGUGGCUGCGCUCUCCAAAGAUCGAUCCAAUCCGAAGGUGAUAAAAGACACCAUAAUGGCAAAACAGUUUCAUCCACUUGUGAAGAAAACAGUACAGAUGGAAAGAAAACACGACGAUCGUCUUUUUUCACUAAAAGAACUGCUAUGCUCUUCUUUGUUGCUGCGUAUAUUUUCCUAAAGCACCAGGAUGAUGCUCCAAGAUACGGUGUGAGUACUUUAUUACAAGUACGUAAUCAGGUAGGUAGAAUUUUAAGGACAAAUGAAGAAAACGCUCCAAUGGAAGAGGAGGAGGAAUUAGGAGGGGAAGUUUAUGACAACUACAAGGAAAUCCAUAGACACAACCAACACGCCUAUGAAAGCCCUGAAGAAGAAAAAUAUUCUGACAAUGAAAAGGAAAAAGAACAAACAGUACAUGAUAAAAUACAAAUAAAAAUACCAAGGGAUGAAUUCGUUAAUGAGAGCAUUCCUAUUCUAGACACGCAAUGGAAAAACCUUCCGAAUGUAGACAUAGAAGGAAAAAAUGCACUAUACCCAUUGAAACCCGAAGAUUUAGAAAAGGAAGUUUCAAAAUUCACAGAUUGGAACGCAUUCAAGCGAAGCUUAGAAGAGGAUUGGGAAAAGUUAGAAGUGAAAUUAUGUGAAUCAAGUAAAUGGUUAAUGCAAAAGAAAAAUAAUGAAUGGUCUAACUGGAUCCAGUUAGUUAAAAGUAAAUGGUCAGUACAUGGUAAAGUUCCAAAUGAAGAAGAACUGGAUGGAUCUGUGGUAGAACCAGAUUGGAGCUACGGGACAUGGGGUUCAUGUUUUAAAACACAAGUAUAUCCCAGAAUUAACUCACAACUGAAAAAUUGGUUAGAUGACACUCAUUCUAAUUUAUUUAAAUUUCUUGUUAAAGGUUUAGUAGAAGUUGAAGACAGGAAAAUCAAAGGGUGGUUAAUGUACCACUGGAAAAUGAACGAAGAGGAUGAUGAUUAUAAAACGUUUGGAAUUAUGCCAACAGCGAAAUUUUUAAAUUUAGCUCAGUCUCGACAAUGGUACCAUGACAAUCCGCAUAUAGAUAAACAAAGAAGAGAACUCAUGUUAUGGUUUUCCCAUAGAGAAAACGAAUAUUUAGGACCAGAAUGGGAAAACUGGACUUAUUGGAAGAAUGAGAAAAUUAAUGCAGUUAAAUUAUUGUGUGCAGAAUUAUCCAGAGGAUGCAUGGCGGAGGGAAAAUGGAAAGGAGAAGAAGAUGAUGGUGCAGGGGAAGAAGAAACAAAAGAGGAACUAACAGAAGGAGAGAAGCCAGUGGAAAUGAAAGAAAAAGAAGAAGCAAAGGAAGAAGUAAAGGAGGAAGUAAAGAAAGAAAUAAAGGAGGAAGUAAAGGAAGAAAUAAAGGAGGAAGUAAAGGAAGAAAUAAAGGAGGAUGUAAAGGAAGAAAUAAAGGAGGAAGUAAAGGAUAAAACCGCUGGGUUUCCAUUGAAACCCGAAGAUUUGGUAGCGGCAGUUCCCAAAUUCACAGAUUGGAACACAUUCAAGCAAAUCUUAGAGAAUGAUUGGGAGGGAUUUAAGAAUAAAUUAAAUGAAACAAGAGAAAGAUGGAUGCAAAAAAGUAAUGAUGAGUGGGCGAGCUGGAUUCACUCAGUUGAAAAUAAAUGGUCAGAAUAUAAUCAAGUCCCAACAAAAAAAGGAAACACUCCAGCAUUGAAAAAACAAGAUUGUAAGGACAGUAGAUGGAAAAAAUGGUUUAACACAAAAGUAAAAUUCGGAAUUCAUUCAAAAUUGGAAAAAUGGUUGGACGACACUCAUUCUAAUUUAUUUAAAAUUCUUCUUAAAGAUACAAAACAAUUUAAAGGCGAGAAAAUCAAGGAAUGGUUAGUGUACCACUGGAAAAUCAACGAGGGAGGCUUCGAUUAUAAAGCGUAUGAAGCUCUACCAACACUGAAAUUUUUACAUUUAGCUCUGUCUCGAAAAUGGUACAGUGCAAAUCCUAAUAUAGAUAAAGAAAUAGGAGAACUUAUGUCGUGGUUUUAUCAUAAAGAGAACGAAUAUUUAGGACAAGAAUGGGAAAAGUUGGCUCAUUGGAAGAAUGAGAAAGUUGAUGUAAUUAAUUCAAUGUGUGCACGCGGAAGUAUCUACAAUACGCCUAAACGAAUUAAAAUAGAAUGA